AUGGCAAACUUGAUCAAACUAUUCAAAGUGGAUGGUGAAAAUUGGGAGGAUCAACCUACAAAAAAAAUGAUGGCCAAAUGGUCUAAUAUACAUACAAUUAUUGCCCAAAUUGUUGCUGUAAUGCCUAUGACCAGUGAUCUAUUGAUGCAAACAGUUAUUGACCAAUUUCCAUACUACAAGGCUGGGACUUACUGUAACCGAGCAUAUAUUCAUAAUUUAAUAUGGAUUAGUAAAUACAUACCAUCAUUAAGAGAACAAAUAAUGAUGGCCAUUAUUAACAGCAUGGUUACUAUGGAUGUCAACAUAAUGGAUCAGUCUAGAAAUAAAAGACAGACAGAAUUAAUGUUUGAGAUGGAUGUUGAUGAGCAAGACAAUGUUUCUGAGACACUGGACUAUUGCAUGUUGGAAGUAUUGAAAUGGUUAGAAGAUGAGAGGGAACCAGUACUUAAUAUAAUGUGCAAUGUUUUUGAAAGAGUUAUUUUACCUACUCAUGGAACGAGGUAUGUUCAAUUCCUCCUUGUCUAUGUAAUAUCGAUAAGUCAACAAUGCGCCGACCGUGUCUUUAACAAUCUCUGGAUGAUAGCAGCGGGCCUGCAUGGCUCUGGCCCAGGGGCUUUAGCAACUAGACGCACAGCAACCAGUCACUUAGCCGGCCUCCUAGCUCGUUGUGUGCGCGUCACUAACAGCAGGCUUAUACAAUACCUAAAGAAUAUGGCUGAAUGGUGUCACUCUUAUAUAACCGCCGCACAAGAGUCAACAGCUGUGAACGACAACACUAAAGUACAUGGGGCCUUCCAUGCCAUAUGCCAUGCAAUUUUCUAUCUAGUUGCAUUUAAAAACCAUCACUUGUUUGCUAGUAAAGAAAGCCUAAACUUUGUGGAGUCACUCAAUUUGCCCCGCCUUGUUACCUGUUCACUGAAUCCUUUACGUACAUGUCCUCCACAAGUUACUCGAGCAUUUUCCUCUGUUACCCGCUCACACCAAGUGGUCUACUGUCAAGCUAUAAUAGAAAAAAAUGUGAGACACACUCUACAGUUCUGCAAUGCAGAGGAAUAUGAUGAAUGGUUUCCUUAUGAUCCUUACACAUUACCAAGGGUCCAAAAUGUGGAAUGGGAAGGUAAAUUAGACAGUGAAAAACAAAACACAUAUUUGGAUUCUGAUGAUGAUAGUGAACCAGAGGAUGUCAUGUAUGUCCUCAGUCAAAGUACAGCACAAGAAAAAAAUGUGAAAGUGUUACAACCAGAGAAACCAUUAGUAACUCCUGUUGACUUGCUUAAUAUUGGAGAAAUACCACAUGUUAAAUACUUAGUGCAAAAAGCUGAGCAAAUUCCAAAACCCAAGACAUCAGGCCAUUAUAAGCCAUUCAAGACAACAAAAUCAGAUGUCCAUAACCCCAAAAAAGAAAUACAUAGAAAAAAACACAAAAAUUGGGAAGUGACUGCAGCAACACCACCUCCUAUUGUGCAUGGUCCUGCAAUAGCGCUUUCCUUAGAAGAAUCUUUGAAGCUUCAGAAAGAAUAUAACAUACAUCUGAAGGAAGUAGAGGUGCAACAUGCUGCAGAGAAGUUACUUGCUCGUACAGGAAUAAAAAUGUCUGACAUUCCGAAAGACGUAUCUAAGUUUGGUCAAUAUAGACAAGCUGACAGUGAUGAUUCUGCAGAUACUACUGAUAAUGAGGGCAGUGAUAAAGAAAUACAUGAUGAAGAACCAGAGAGAGGGGGAGUAAUUUUCACUGUCAUGAAA